AGAUUGCGAGACUGUACACUGUAGAGAGAGACGUCGUCGGCCUGAGCGCCGUGCAAGCAAGCAAGCGGCGGCAAUGGCGGCGGCUCUUCAAGCCACGCCGAUCAAAACCCUAGCCACCUCCCGCUGGCGCGUCGAAGGUGCGGAGGCGCGGCCGCGGCCGCGGCCGAUUGCGGUGAGCUUCCGUUGCUCCGCGGCGGCGAGGAGCUACAACAUCACGCUCUUACCUGGGGACGGCAUCGGCCCGGAGGUGGUCGCCGUCGCCAAGGACGUGCUAUCCUUCGCCGGAGCCCUCGAAGGCGUCGAGCUCCGGUUUCAGGAGAAGCUGGUGGGCGGCUCGGCGCUGGACGCCACCGGCGUGCCACUCCCUGACGAGACGCUCGACGAGGCCAAGGGUUCCGACGCUGUUCUCCUCGGCGCCAUUGGAGGCUAUAAGUGGGAUACCAAUGAGAAGCACCUCAAGCCUGAGACCGGGCUGCUGCAGCUACGUGCCGGACUCGGGGUCUUUGCCAAUCUGCGACCAGCUGCAGUUUUGCCGCAGUUGGUAGACGCAUCCACUCUGAAGAAAGAGGUAGCUGAAGGUGUUGACAUCAUGGUUGUCAGGGAGCUUACUGGAGGCAUCUACUUUGGCAAACCCAGGGGUUUUGGAACAAAUGACAAGGGAGACGAUAUUGGCUUCAACACAGAAGUUUAUUCAGCUUCUGAGAUCGAUCGUAUUGCACGAGUUGCAUUUGAGGUCGCUCGCAAGAGAAGAGGGAAACUAUGCUCGGUUGAUAAAGCAAAUGUGCUGGAGGCAUCCAUGCUUUGGAGGAAAAAGGUGACUGCACUAGCCUCUGAAUUCCCUGACAUUGAGCUCUCACACAUGUAUGUUGACAAUGCUGCAAUGCAGCUUGUCAGGAAUCCUAAGCAGUUUGAUACAAUUGUCACAAACAAUAUUUUUGGUGACAUAUUAUCUGAUGAAGCAUCAAUGAUUACGGGAAGCAUUGGAAUGCUUCCAUCUGCGAGUGUCGGUGAAUCGGGACCUGGUCUUUUUGAACCUAUUCAUGGCUCUGCCCCUGAUAUUGCUGGACAGGACAAGGCCAAUCCAUUAGCUACAAUUCUUAGCGCAGCGAUGCUAUUGCGAUAUGGCCUAGGAGAAGAAAAUGCUGCGAGGAGAAUUGAAGCUGCAGUUACAGAAACACUGAACCAUGGGUUCCGAACUGGGGACAUAUAUUCUCCUGGAACAACACUGGUUGGAUGCAAGCGGAUGGGGGAGGAAGUCUUGAAGACAGUGGAGUCACUGAAGGAAGUGGCUGCUGUGAACUGAUGCAUGCUGGUACUUGAUUCAUUGCAUUUUAUUAGAAGUCGAGCCGAGCGUAAGAGAGCAUGGUGUCUGGGUUAUUGUUGAUGUUGAAUUGAAAGUUUAGUGGCUGAACCGAUAGCCACUUCGCAUUUCUGUGGUUUGUUUGUCUCCCUGUAGUUUUUUCUUUGGUACAAGGAAAGGAUAGGCAUAUGUUUGCUCAAUAAAAUGGGAUAGUUUAUGCCGCUUUGAAUAAAAGAUGGAGUUCUGUUUUGGAC